AUGAAACCAUCGAAAGCAAGUAGCUCAUUCAUCUCUUUGCUACACCCUAAAAACUUGACCGAUCAUUUUGCGGUGAUAUGUCUUUAUAUAAGAUCUAACAGCGCUCUAGUAUCUGAUGUGCCAGCGGAAGCACAGAGGAUGCAUGCGUCCCAGCGCAUAGUCAAUGAAGGUGCUUAUCACGCCCUUGAUACGUUGAAGGAGUUGUCUCAGAAUUUCCCGACGCAUGCAAGAUCCAUAGCACGUGAGAGCGUUUCACGUGAACUGAGGCAGGGUAUUGAGCUGAAUCAAAAAGAACAUCUCUCAGAUGCUGGACAUGAGACUGUUCCAGGACUGAGCCCUGGGGAGUCGAUGCUGUUUCUGAAUGGAAUCGGUCUCGAUGUUGACAGCUUGGACAUGUUCCAACUUGUGGAUACCAUUAAGCAGGAGGAGCGCGUUGCUUCUGGCUUCUCGAACAUGGGUUUCCAGCGGGAGUACCUCUCUAUUCUGACUGGCAUGGAAUUUUCUGAAGAAAAAGGCAGGUAUGCGGUUGACUACAGAGAUGCUGAUCUUGUGUACCUCAACAACCUCGAUACCGACAAGCGCUAUAAACACUGGAGGAACAGCGUCAAGUUGCUGUUGGAGCCCUACUAUCCUGGCAUGAUUCGCCCGAUAGCACGAAAUCUCUUCAACUUGAUUUUCGUUGUUGAUCCGGCAGAGCGCAACAGCAGAAACCUUAUGCAGAUAGCAUACUCGUUCUUCAAGCACGAGAUCCCUUUGAGGAUUGGGUUAAUCUUUGUUGUUAAUGACGACAAGAAAGUAAGCGGUUUGGAAGACACUGGAGUCGCAAUUCUUAAUUUGUUCAACUUUCUUGCCAUAGACAGCACCAACCAUGAAGCACUCAAGAUAGUCAACGAGAUGCUAGAUCAGUUCCGUACGCAAGACGACAUCGAUCCUGCUGAUAUCAAGAGCUGGUUUGAGGAAAAUUAUAGUGACGCCGAUUAUAAGGAUGUGUUUGGUCCGAACACUGACUAUGAUCGCGGAAAAACUGGUGGUAUGGAGUUUUUGAGAAAAUCUGCCAUAGGCAAAGCUCCAAAAGUGCUUCUCAAUGGUUACCCACUCGACGACGCUGGCAUCACUGGUGAUAAGUUUGAAGAGACCGUUAUGAUGGAAGUGAUGCGCAUCACUCCAAAGCUGCAAACUGCUGUGAUCAACGGUGAGCCAUGGUUUUCUUUCUAUUAUCAAUCUUGA